GGAUGUGAAGGAGACUGUCCGGUCUGUCUGACAUACAGGAAGAAGUUGAAGAAGUGUGUAAAAAAACAGCGCUUUCUCACAAAAUCCUGCAGUUUUUUUCUUUUUUUUUUUUUGCACUUUUUUCUCCUUGGACUUGCUGACACUGGAAGGAAUGGAGCAGAAUGUGAGAGCUGCUGCCAAACUGGAGGCGCAGUAACGUGUUGAGGAUCCACUUGAGCCGAGCUGAGCCGAGCAGAGCCACUUGGUCCUAAAUGGAAGAGGAGCAGAACAAAUCUGAAACGCGUCUUCGGUGAAAAAAUGUCAGAACACAGAUCGAGUUUUCUCCACAUCGGAGACAUUGUGUCUCUGUACGCGGAAGGCUCGGUGAAUGGCUUCAUCAGUACUUUGGGGCUUGUUGAUGACAGGUGUGUGGUCCAGCCUGAUGCUGGAGAUCUCGCCAACCCGCCCAAAAAGUUCAGAGAUUGCCUCUUUAAGGUGUGUCCCAUGAACAGAUACUCUGCCCAGAAGCAGUUCUGGAAGGCAAAACAAGGAAAACAAGGAAAUAACAACACACAAGGAGACCUGUUUAAGAAAUUACAGCAUGCAGCAGAACUGGAACAGAAGCAGAACGAGUCUGAGAACAAGAAGCUCCUUGGAGAAGUUGUCAAAUACAGUAAUGUCAUCCAGCUCCUGCACAUAAAGAGCAAUAAGUAUCUGACGGUGAACAAGCGUCUCCCCGCUUUGCUUGAGAAAAACGCCAUGCGGGUGUCUUUGGACCCGGCUGGUAACGAAGGCUCCUGGUUCUACAUUCAGCCCUUCUGGAAGCUCCGCAGCGAAGGAGAUAAUGUGGUGGUUGGAGACAAGGUGGUGCUGAUGCCAGUGAACGCCGGACAGCCGCUUCACGCCAGCAACAUCGAACUGCUGGACAACCCCGGCUGCAAAGAGGUUAACGCUGUCAACUGUAACACCAGCUGGAAGGUCACCUUGUUCAUGAAGUUUAGUGACUACAGGGAAGAUGUGCUGAAAGGAGGAGAUGUUGUGAGGCUGUUUCAUGCUGAGCAGGAGAAGUUUCUGACCGGCGAUGAAUACAAGAAGCAGCAGCAUGUCUUUCUCAGGACCACACUGCGGCAGUCUGCCACCUCCGCCACCAGCUCCAAGGCUCUCUGGGAGAUUGAGGUUGUGCACUAUGACCCCUGCAGAGGUGGAGCCGGUCAGUGGAACAGUCUGUUCCGCUUCAAACACCUGGCGACAGGAAACUACCUCGCAGCUGAGGUGAAUCCUGAAUUCAAAGACAACACGGUGGAGUCCAAAGGAGAUCAGAAUGACACGGACGUGGUGUUCUCCAAGAGGAAGCAUCAAGCAGCAGAGAAGAUUGCUUUCACCCUGGUUUCUGUUCCCCAUGGGAAUGACAUUGCCUCUCUGUUUGAGCUGGAUGCCACCACUCUGCAGCGGGCCGACUGCCUCGUGCCCAGAAACUCCUAUGUGAGACUCAGACACCUGUGCACCAACACCUGGGUGACCAGCACCAACGUUCCCAUCGAUAUAGAGGAGGAGCGCCCAGUUAUGCUCAAGAUUGGUACGUGUCCCACCAAAGAGGACAAAGAGGCUUUUGCCAUCGUGUCUGUUCCCCUGUCGGAGGUCCGAGACUUGGACUUUGCCAACGAUGCCAGUAAAGUCUUGGAGUCGACCGUGAGAAAGCUUCAAUAUGCCAACAUCGCUCAGAAUGAGAGGAGAUUUGUGACUAAGCUGCUGGAGGACCUGGUUUUCUUUGUGUGUGUAGUUCCAAACAACGGACAAGAUGUUCUGUCUGUGGUCACCUCUAAACCCAACCGAGAGCGGCAGAAACUCAUGAGGGAGCAAAACAUUCUGGCUCAGAUAUUUGGCAUCCUGCAGGCUCCGUUUGCAGAUCACGGCGAUGGUCCGAUGCUGCGGCUGGAGGAUCUGGGAGACCAGCGCUAUGCUCACUUCAAGUACAUGUUGAGACUCUGCUACAGGGUGCUGCGACACUCCCAGCAGGACUAUCGCAAGAACCAGGAAUAUAUCGCCAAAAACUUCUCAAUCAUGCAGUCUCAGAUUGGGUAUGAGAUUCUGGCUGAGGACACAAUCACCGCUCUGCUGCACAACAACCGCAAGCUGCUGGAAAAACACAUCACAGCCAAAGAGAUCGAGACCUUUGUCAGCCUGCUGAGGCGCAACAGAGAGCCCAGGUUCCUGGAUUAUCUGUCUGAUCUCUGCGUGUCCAACAAGACCGCCAUCCCCGUCACACAGGAGCUUAUCUGUAAAUUUAUGCUGAAUCCCACCAACGCCGACAUCCUCAUCCAGACCAAACUUAUCUCCAACACGGAGACCACCCUGGAGUCCUCCCUGCUUCAGGAAGAAGUGGAGGAGGAGGAGGUUUGGCUCUACUGGAUUGACAGCCACAAGGAGCCUCAUGGCAAAUCCAUCCGGCACCUGGCCCAGGACGCAAAGGGCAACCACAAGAUGGAUGCAGACAUGAUCACGUAUUACAGGUACCAGCUCAACCUGUUUGCUAAAAUGUGUCUGGAUCGUCAGUACCUCGCCAUCAACCAGAUCACCAGUCAGCUGCCAGUGGACCUGAUCCUGCGCUGCAUGUUCGACGACUGCCUGCCCUACAACCUGCGAGCCUCCUUCUGCCGCCUCAUGCUGCACAUGCAUGUGGACCGCGACCCCCAGGAGUCCGUGGUUCCCGUUCGAUACGCCCGCCUCUGGACCGAGAUCCCCUCCAAGAUCACCAUCAACGAGUUUGAGUAUGAGUCAACCGACAGCUCAAGAGAGGAGAUGAAGAGGAAGUUUGCUGCCACCAUGGAGUUUGUUGAAGAAUACCUCAAGGAUGUGGUCAGCCAACCUUUUCCAUUCGGAGAUAAAGAUAAGAAUGAGCUCACACUAGAGGUGGUGAAUCUGGCUCGAAACCUGGUUUACUUUGGUUUCUAUAGGUUUAGUGAGUUGCUGCGUCUCACACGCACCCUGCUGGCCAUCCUGGAUAUCGUCCAGCACCCACUCACUUUCAUGAACAAGCUCAACAAGAGCCCAGAGGCUGGCAACAACGUCCUGCGAACCAUCCACGGUGUUGGAGAAAUGAUGACUCAGAUGGUGAUGAGUCGAGGUGUGCCACACAGCCUCCCUGACACGCCUCCGUCCCUGCGCUACGGGAAAGGACACUUCCUGCCGGACAACGAGGACGUCAUGGUGAUGGACACCAAGCUGAAGAUCAUCGAGAUCCUCCAGUUCAUCCUGAGUGUGAGGUUGGAUUACAGGAUCACAUACUUAUUGUCCAUCUACAAAAAAGAGUUUGGAGAAAAAUCCAUAAAUGACAGCUCUGCUUCUCUGGCUGAUAUGCCUCUGAUGACAUCUCCUGAACCAGACAUCGAUGAGAUUACAACCAAAGCGGAGAGCAUGUUUGCAGGAAGCUCUGAGUUAAGCGCGGUGGAGCUAGACGACGAGGGCGGCCGGACGUUUUUGCGGGUUCUGAUCCAUCUCAUCAUGCAAGAUUACCCCCCGCUGGUGUCUGGCUCAUUGCAGCUCAUCUUCAAACACUUCAGCCAGAGAGCCGAGGUGCUGCAGGCCUUUAAACAGGUCCAGCUGCUGGUGUCAGAGCAGGAUGUAGAGAACUACAAGCAGAUCAAGGCCGACCUGGACCAGCUGCGUCUGACUGUGGAGAAGUCGGAGCUGUGGGUGGAGAAGAGUGGAGUCUACAACAGCGAAGACCUGGGAGUCAGACAGGCCAAAGAGCCCAACAUGGAGGAGGUUGUUCUGAGCCCAGUGCAGGAUGGUGAUAGUAAACCUCAGAUUGACAGUAACAAGGCAAACAACUAUAACAUUGUCAAAGAGAUCCUGCUGAGGCUCAGUAAGCUGUGUUAUCCCAGUAAGAAGAGUCGAGUGCAGCAGCAGAGGCUGCUGAAGAACAUGGGAGCUCAUACUGUGGUGCUGGACCUGCUGCAGAUCCCCUAUGAGACCAGUGAUGAGAAGAUGAAUGAAAUCAUGACCCUGGCACAUACGUUUCUGCAGAACUUCUGCAGAGGAAACUCUCAGAAUCAAGUCCUGCUACAUAAACACCUGAACCUCUUCCUCACUCCAGGGUUGCUAGAAGCGGAGACGAUGCGUCACAUCUUCAUGAACAACUACCAGCUUUGCAACGAGAUCAGCGAUCGCGUCGUCCAUCAUUUCGUCCAUUGCAUUGAAACACACGGGAGACACGUCCAGUACCUCAGGUUCUUGCAGACCAUUGUGAAAGCUGACGGGAAGUAUGUGAAGAAAUGUCAGGACAAAGUUAUGACAGAGCUGGUGAAUGGCGGUGAGGACGUGCUGGUUUUCUACAACGACCGCUCGUCGUUCUCGGUGCUGCUGCAGAUGAUGGGCUCUGAACGGGAGCGGACGGACGAAGACGGAGCUCUGGCGUAUCACAACACGCUGGUGGAGCUGCUGGCCGCCUGCACUGAGGGAAAGAACGUCUACACUGAGCUGAAGUGCAACUCUCUGCUGCCGCUGGACGACAUCGUCAAAGUCGUCACUGACAUGAACUGCAUACCAGAGGUGAAAACCGCAUAUGUGAACUUUGUGAACCACUGCUAUGUGGACACAGAGGUAGAAAUGAAGGAGAUUUACACCUCCCCCCAUAUUUGGAGGCUCUUUGACAACUUCCUGGUGGACAUGUCCAGUGUGUGCAACAGUACCACCGACCGUAACCAUGCCGAUCUGGCUCUGGAGAAGUAUGUGACCGAGACGGUGAUGGCCAUUGUGAAGGGUUUCUUCAGCUCACCGUUCUCCGUCAACCACUCCAACCUGCAGACAAACCAGUCUGUCUUCAUCAAGCUGCUCCAGUCGGCUUUCAGGAUCUACAACUGCACCUGGAUCAUCUCGGCUCAGAAAGCUAAUAUUGAAAGCUGUAUUAAAACACUGGCUGAUGUGGCUAAGGCCCGGGCCAUAGCCAUCCCAGUCGACCUGGACAGUCAGGUGAACACUUUGUCUCUGAAGGUCCACAGCCACAUGGUGCAGCGAGCAGCCAAAGACUGGAGGACCUCAGCUCGGACACGACCUCGCAAGGAGCCGCUGGGUGGCCCCGACUACAAGAACAUCAUUGAGAAGCUGCAGGGGGUUGUGUCCUGUCUGGAGGAGCAGUUCAGUCCGAAGGUUCAAGCAGAAUUCUCUGUGCUGGUGGAUGUUCUUCACAGCCCUGAGCUGCUAUUUCCAGAGGCUGCUCGCUUACGCUGUGAGAGCGGAGCUUUCAUGUCCAAACUAAUCAAACACACCAAGAAGCUCAUGGACAAAGAGGAAAAGCUGUGCAUCAAGAUCCUGCAGACACUCAGAGAGAUGCUGGACAAGAAGGAGUGCUUUCAGGAAUCUGGAAACGAGUUAAGAAAGAUUCUCCUCACACGCUACUUUGGAAAUCAAAAGCUUCUUUCCAAGUCAGAACUUGGGAGUGGAAGCAGCUCAUCUGGCGGCUUUGUCAAGCCGUCAUCCGGAGGAGGUUCUCAAAUGCUGGACUCUGACAAACUAGGCAGCAGUGUGGUGGAGAUCCAGUGUCUGUUGGACAACGUUGGGACAUCGGAGCUGGUAAUCGACCUCAUUGUCAACACCAAGAAUGACCGAGUGUUUGAGGAAAGCAUCCUUCUGGGUAUCGCACUUCUCCAAGGUGGAAACACACAGAUACAGAACUCGUUCUACAGCCAACUGUACAAGCAGAAGAAGUCUGAGAGGUUCUUCAAGGUCUUCUACGAUCGCAUGCGUUUGGCCCAGCAAGAGAUUCGAGCCACUGUGUCUGUCAACAUGUUUGAGCUCAGCUGCAGGAAAAGAGACGAUGACGGUGACGUCAGUAGCAUCAGGUUCAAGAAAGGAAAAGACUCAGGGCUUCAUAUGAGGGAGGACAUGCGAGGACAGCUGAAGGAGGCCUCCUCAGUGACCUCUAAGGCCUUCUGCGCCUUCAGAAAGGAGCUGGACCCCGACCUGGAAGGCCUGGGCCAGAACAGUGAGAUCAUCGGGGCUGAGGAGGCUUUAGAAGAAACUCAGAUGAGCCCAGCCAUCACCAUCAUGAAACCGAUCCUCCGUUACCUACAGCUGCUCUGCGAGAACCACAAUUCGGACCUGCAGAACUUUCUGCGCAACCAGAACAACAAGACAAACUACAAUCUGGUGUGUGAGACUCUUCAGUUCUUGGACUGCAUAUGCGGGAGCACCACUGGAGGCUUAGGGCUGCUGGGACUUUAUAUAAAUGAGAGUAAUGUAGAUCUGGUCCGACAAACCCUGGAAACCAUCACAGAGUACUGCCAGGGACCCUGCCAUGAAAACCAGACCUGUAUAGCCAAGCAUGAGUCAAAUGGCAUUGACAUUAUUAUAGCACUGAUUGUCAACUCCAUCAACCCCCUGGGGAAGCAUCGGCUGGACCUGGUGCUGGAGCUCAAGAACAAUGCCUCCAAGCUCCUAUUGGCUAUCAUGGAGAGCCGCCAUGACAGCGAGAACGCAGAGAAGAUUCUCUACAAGAUGAGACCCAUCGAACUAGUGGAUGUAAUGAAGGAAGCGUACGCCCAGGGCCUGGAGAAUGAGGAGGAUGAAGACAGCGCUGGGGACCUGAUCAAACCCAGAGACGUCGGACACAACAUUUACAUCCUGGCCCACCAGCUGGCCAGACACAACAAGAUCUUGCAGCAGAGCUUGAAGCCUGGUUUGGCCCCAGGUUCAGGAGGCGACCCGGAUAAUGAGAAGGAUGACGCCCUUCGUUACUACGCAAAUCACACAGCUCAAAUCGAGAUCGUACGUCACGACCGUACCAUGGAACAGAUAGUGUUUCCAGUCCCGAAUAUCUGCGAGUAUCUCACUGAGGAGUCCAAAACUCGUGUGUUCACCACGACCGAGCGGGACGACCAAGGCAGCAAGGUCAACGACUUCUUCCAGCAGUUUGACAACCUCUACAACGAAAUGAGGUGGCAGAAGAAGAUCCGCAGAAAUAAGGCUCUGUUCUGGUUCUCACGCCACAUCUCUCUCUGGGGAAGCAUCUCCUUCUACCUGGCCUGUCUGCUCAACAUCGCUGUGGCUGUUUUCUAUCCAUUUGGAGACGACGGAGAUGAAGGCACCUUGUCCCCGUUCUGGAAUAUCUCACUGUGGGUGGCGUUGGGGGUCUUCACCGCCUUACUUCCUGUGUUACCCAAACCGUGGGGCAUCCUUUUCUUCCUGGUCUCCCUCAUUCUGCGAGCCAUCUACACCAUGGGCCUCGGCCCGGCUCUGCUGCUGCUGGGCACCAUCAAUCUCUUCAACAAGUUGGUCUUUCUCGUGAGCUUUGUGGGCAACCAGGGGACGUUAACUCGAGGCUACAAAGCGGUGGUGAUGGACAUGCUCUUCAUCUACCAUCUGGGCUACGCCAUCAUCUGCGUGUUAGGGCUCUUGGUCCACGAGUUCUUCUACAGCUUCCUGCUGUUCGACCUGGUGAUCCGAGAGGAGACGCUGCUCAACGUGAUAAAGAGCGUGACGCGAAAUGGACGCUCCAUUAUCUUGACAGCUGUCCUGGCCAUCUUUCUCGUCUACUUUUUCUCCAUCAUCGGCUUCCUCUUCCUCAAGGACGACUUCCGCAUGGAGGUGGAUCGCCUUCCUGCACCAGGGAAAAGGGAUUUAUUGAGUAGCAGCGGAGUUGGAGACUCCUGUAUGAGAGACAGCUGCCCUGAUUCAACACCCAAAUCACUUUCUGAUGAAGAUGAUGGGACAGAGCGGGUGUGCGACACUCUGCUCAUGUGUAUAAUCACUGUGCUGAACCAGGGACUUCGUAAUGGAGGAGGUGUGGGAGACAUCCUCAGGAGACCCUCCAAAGAGGAACCUCUCUUUGCCGCUCGAGUGGUUUACGACCUUCUGUUCUUCUUCGUCGUCAUCAUCAUCGUUCUCAACCUCAUCUUUGGUGUCAUCAUCGACACGUUUGCAGACUUGAGGAGUGAGAAGCAGAGGAAGGAGGAGAUCCUCAAAACCACCUGUUUCAUCUGUGGGUUGGAGAGGGACAAAUUCGACAACAAGACGGUGUCCUUUGAGGAGCACAUCAAGUACGAACACAGCAUGUGGCACUACCUUUACUUCCUGGUUCUGGUGCGGGUGAAGGAUCCGACGGAGUACACCGGCCCUGAGAGCUACGUGGCCCAGAUGAUUGCAGAGAAGAACUUGGAGUGGUUCCCUCGUAUGAGAGCCAUGUCUCUGGUGAGCAGCGAGGGAGACAACGAGCAGAAUGAGAUGCGAUCUCUGCAGGAGAAGCUGGACAACACCGUCACCCUGGUGGCUCAGCUCUCAGGCCAGCUGGCUGAGCUCAAGGAGCAGAUGACAGAACAGAGGAAGAACAAGCAGAGGCUUGGAUUCCUGGGUCCUCCUCAGCCCAACCACCACAUCCCGGCCCACUGAAGGGAGUAAAGCUCCAACAGGACACGGUGACUGCAGCCUCGCUAUAAAACCAGACAGAGACGCAGCCACACAAACUCCAGCCUUAAGAACAAUACAAACUUACACGGACAAUUACUGAUGCCAAGCUGCAAGAGGCAAGUGUUGAUUCGUAUUUUUGACAUAGUGCCUUAUGUGUGACACAAACACUGUUUUACUGGAUACAAAAUGUGCGUUAUGUGCCCACUCAGUCACAAGCAGCACACUCUGCAGGCCGUCAGCACACACCAUCGUACACAAACGUCUGGGUGAAUGAUUGGCCAGGAACGGCACACAUCUGCCAGUGUAGUGUCAGUGGGCCAGACAGAGGUCGAGGCCAAUGUUAGCGUAAGGUUAAUGGUUAAGUGCUUUCAAGUUGUGGACAGCCAUGUCUUGGCCUGAGUUCCACCACUGUCAUAGUGCCGAUCAGCCAGACCUGCAAAGGUCAGUGAUUGGCUAACAGGCCCAAAGGGGAAAAGCAUGCAUGCUGACAUCAGGUACUGUCCCUUUUACCUGUUCUGUUGGUGUUUUUGAGAACGUUUCUGGUUCAUAACUGGAGUAAUAUUUUUGAAAAAGAAAAAAAAAAGAGGAAUCAUGCUGCCUUACUCAUUAACUUUUAUGAACAGCUCAUUGCAAUUGCUGAAAGUGCACUUUUAAAAAAGUACAACCAGUAACUGGAAACAUUUGGGGGAUUACUGUUUGAAUGCUUUGUGUUGGUGUUUAUAUAUGCAUUCACUGCAUCACUUCAGUUGCCUUUUUACAGAUUUCUACAUAGUAUAUAACAGAAAUGUGAAUAAAAAUAAUGAUUACCUGUGCAAAACUUACUUGAAAACUCUUUUAAGUCUUAAAUCUUAUACUGGUACCUAAAGUAGUACUGACUGAAUAUGGAAAGCUCACGGUUCUGUGUUACAAUAUGAACAUCUUUGUGUCUAUCGAGAUAUUAGCUAAUACCGUAAUAUUUACCGUAUCUGCUCAUGUCAUCUUCUACUGUGUCUUAAAGCUUGUUUUUAGUGUAAAUCAUCUCCACCAUUCUCUCUUGGACUGCAUUUGAUUGUUGAGUCUGUGUUUUAAACUUAUACAAAUGAAUGACAGAUUACGAGUGCGUGCGCUUGAUGGUGACUGUCCUGUGACACUUUCUGUUGAAACAAAGUGUAUAGAAAAAUGUAUUUUAUGUGGUCAGAUGUUCUAAUAAUAAAUUUGUAACAAGA